GUCGGGAUUUACACGGGAGAAGCAGCAGUCUACCAAAAAACAUCUCAUUUUUGGCUUUUUGACAACAAACCAAACGUCUAAUACUUUUCAAAAAAAAUACGAACAUGUUGCUCUUAAUGUCCUACUGAUUAUAUACGCUUACAUUUUGGUUGUAAUGACAAAAAAUGAGCUACAACAAGACUGUUUUGGUGACUGGAGGCUCAGGAUUCAUAGGCUCUCAUCUUGUCAUCCAUCUGGUCAAAAGACAUCCAGACUGGAGGAUUAUUAAUUUGGAUAUACUGGACUACUGCUGCAGCCCGAGAAGCCUGGAAAAUGUGGAGGACAGCCCAAACUACACAUUCAUCAAAGGAGAUGUGUGCAGCUAUCGAUUGGUUCAUCACAUUUUCAAUACCCAAAACAUUGAUGUAAUUUUUCACCUGGCAGCUAAGACACAUGUGGAGUCAUCAUUCAAAUGCCCGAAAGAUUUCCAGCUUGUAAAUAUUGAAGGAACUAGAGUAUUACUGAGAGCAGCUCAGCAAGCGCUGCACAAAAUACAAAGGUUUAUUUAUGUCAGUACAGAUGAAGUCUACGGACCAGGGAUCGACCAGCACUUUGAUGAGAGCAGUCCAAUGAGACCGUCUAAUCCUUACUCAGCCACGAAAGCAGCUGCAGAGUUUCUCGUUCAGUCCUACUGGGAAAAAUACAAGUUUCCUGUGAUAAUUACAAGAAGCAACAAUAUUUAUGGACCAAGGCAGUAUACAGAAAAGGUCAUUCCAAGAUUUAUCAGUCUCUUGCAAAGAAGUCAGAAAUGUACAAUUCAGGGAAUGCUACCUAAAUCGCGUCACUUCCUGUUUGUUGACGAUGCUAUCAGUGCCUUCCUGUUGGUGCUGGAGAAAGGGAUUGUGGGAGAAAUCUACAACAUGGGGUCUAGCUGUGAGAUUCCCAUCAUGCAACUGGCUACAGAACUCAUUAAAAUGGUAAAGAAGGUCCCGGAUUCUGAACUGAACAACUGGAUUGAGUUUGUACCUGACAGGCCUCAGGUGGACCUGCGUUACCCCAUUCACUGUGAGAAGCUGCAGAGACUCGGGUGGAGCGCUGAAGUCGGCUGGAUUGAGGGCAUCAGACAAACAGUAAAAUGGUACGAGGAAAACUCCGACUUCUGGCCUGAUCCAAGUGAUGAACAAAAACAAAACCUCCCUAAAUCCAAGAAUUUUCGACCUGCACUUUGACUGUCCGCCUCCAGGGGGCAGUGGUUUCACUUCACUUUUGGAGUAUUUUUAUUCAUAAUAUUUGUGCCAAGUUGAUUUAUGGCUGAUUUGCAGCUUUUAUUAAAUGUAUUGUGGACCAACAGUGCCAAACGAUUACAGCCAAAUUAAGAAAUUAAUCAUGUUUCCC